GGUACCGCAAAUGGUGAAAAUUCAUUUCAUCCUACUCCAUGAUUCACCAUUAAAUAAAGACAGUGAAUCUUUGAGAGGAACGUGAAGUUGCCUCAGUGGGACUACAUUUACGUCGUGAGUGACUUCAUAGUAAUCGGUCAUAUGAUCGACUUAGAGCAAACUGGGCGAGUCCGAGUUUCAUCUUUGACGGGUAGGUCCUCCGUGUAUCUAUACCAAGUAAGAGAAGUGAAAUAUUGAGGCAUAAGAAUGAAGGGCUGCCUAUUUAACAUUGACGGAGGAUACCUGGAAGGUCUUUGCCGUGGAUUCAAGUGCGGAAUUCUACAGCAAAGUGACUAUCUUAAUUUGGUCCAAUGUGAGACCCUUGAAGAUUUAAAGCUACAUUUGGCUGGAAGUGAUUAUGGCAGCUUUCUAGCAAAUGAGCCAUCUCCUCUAUCAGUCAGUGUCAUUGAUGAUAAACUGAGAGAAAAGCUCGUUAUUGAAUUCCAACAUAUGCGCAAUCACUCUGUCGAGCCUUUGUCCCAAUUCUUGGACUUCAUCACUUACAGUUAUAUGAUUGACAAUAUCAUACUUCUGAUUACUGGUACUUUACAUCAAAGACCAAUUUCUGAGCUGAUACCUAAGUGUCAUCCACUUGGUAGUUUUGAACAAAUGGAGGCUAUUCAUGUUGCUGCUACUCCUGCUGAGCUGUACAAUGCUGUAUUGGUUGAUACACCUCUAGCUCCGUUCUUCGUCGAUUGCAUCUCCGAACAAGAUUUGGAUGAAAUGAACAUCGAGAUCAUUAGAAACACUCUGUACAAGGCAUACUUGGAAGCUUUCUAUAAAUUCUGCAAGGACAUCGGCGGUACUACUGCUGAUACCAUGUGUGAAAUUCUUGCUUUUGAGGCAGAUAGGCGUGCAAUCAUCAUCACGAUCAAUUCCUUUGGAACGGAAUUGGGUAAGGAUGAUCGUGCCAAAUUGUAUCCUCGCUGUGGUCGUUUGAAUCCUGAUGGAUUAGCUGCAUUAGCACGUGCUGAUGAUUAUGAACAAGUUAAAGCUGUUGCUGAAUAUUAUGCUGAAUAUAGUGCCCUAUUCGAAGGUGCUGGAAACAAUCCUGGUGAUAAAACCCUGGAAGAUAAGUUUUUCGAGUACGAGGUACGCUUGAACGUACAAGCAUUCUUACAACAAUUUCAUUUCGGCGUGUUCUACAGCUAUUUGAAGCUGAAAGAACAAGAAUGUCGUAAUAUCGUAUGGAUAUCUGAAUGCGUUGCUCAAAAACACCGAGCUAAGAUUGAUAAUUAUAUACCCAUCUUCUAAUUAGACAUGUCAGUCAAUUUCAUCGCCAUUGUAUCUAUCCCCGUGCGAGCACAAACGAAUGAAGUUCGGUUCUAAUUCGUAUUGUUAGAUUUCCUUUAUCAGUCGUAAUUAUUCGAUCAGAACGAUCGCAAUGUUUUAUUCGCAACACCGAAACGUUAGAGUCAAAUUACAGCCACAGCACAUGAGAAAUGGACCACAACUGCCAGAUGAAUUUUACGUCAUUAAAACAGAUUAUGCGAAGCUUUUACAUUACUUUGUAAAUGUAAAUCGCAAUGGUCAUAGUUAACCGUACCAUUUAACUAGUUUCAUCGGUCAUGAAUUACUUUCAAAUCGUUACAGAAAAACUUCUAUGUAUAUAGUGUAUUUUAUUAUAUUCUUCGGUGUCAAGCACUGUCUUGCAUUGUAUUAUCCCUUGGUGUAAUUGUUAAUUUAAUAACUGCAAACUGUAUAAACUAAUAAAGUUAAAACGCAUUCCACUUA